AUGAACAUUUAUCAAGUCCGGAAGAACACUCACCUAGUUGCAGUGUACUACAACAACGGAAAACUGAAUCUUUUUAGGAUCCACGUUGAUGUUACACUAGCUGAUCUGAAGCACCAGUUAAGCCAACUCAACGGUUGUCUCAACUGUAGUGAUGCAAGAAGGGUGGCCGAUGUUGAAUAUCGUUGUCCGUCAAUCUUCUUGGACGGAAGCGUCUUGUGCACCAACAUGAAACUUCAAAAUGACGGCAAUGAGAAGAAAGAGCUUGAUGCCGAGGUUCAGCGCAAAUAUAUCUUUGGUGGACAUGUUUCUUCCUAUAUGAAGGUUCUGAUGGAAGAUGAACCAGAGAAAUAUAAGUCACACUUCAGUGAAUAUAUCAAGCAUGGGAUAGAUUCAACCACCAAAGAACCACAAUGCAAGAGGUAA